AUGGUGUUUCGUUCAGUAAUAUACGUAGGCUUGCUUUUGCUCGCAACGCUCGCGGCCUUAACCCUAGCCCAAAGCAAUCCGUACGAUGCGAACUACAGGUUCCAGACCCGACCACCGCUUCCGGAUCCAUCCGUUAUGCCAACAUUAGCCAACGGCCAGAUUGGGUUUGUGGCCUACGGUGAGUACGUGCACAUGAACGGCGUGUACAACGGGUUGGGUGGAAAAUCGCACCGCGCUCGCAUACCGAACUUCGGCAACAUCCAGCUGACGAACUGUUCGCCCUCAUCCGGUGCUGGUGUGUCACAGACCUGCACCUACCAGCUGAACAUGCGCACCGGGAAGUUUGUGACGGUGGACGAACCGAGUGACUACCGGGUAGUGCACGAAAUGUACCCCCAUCGGUACUACGACUCGAUCCUCGUGAACCGUGUUCGUCUGCAGCGCCUCAGUUCGCAAGGUGUGAUCCAGGCACGGUUGCUGCAGAUUCCUGGCCAACAACGGGAGGACUUCAGCUGGACACCGAGCCGGGAUAUUGUGAUGAACAGUCAGGUGUACACGCAGCAUUGUGGCGUGACGGUGCAGAUCGAGGAAGCGAACUUGCAGACCUUCGGACAUAACGUUUGCGUCACCUACUCGAGCGUGCCGGAGUAUGUCGAAAUUCAACCGGAAACGAUGGCGCAAGAGUUCAUGUUCUAUGCCGCUUUUACGAUGGAUGAGGAGGAAGGUACUCGUCUUAUUGCGAGCAUCUCCGGCAUGUCGAAUGCGCAGGAGGAAUCGCUGCAUAUGGCGGAAAUGGACAAGCUGUGGAACCGGUACGGCAUUACGGUGGAAGGAAACCAUGAUCUCGAUCGUGUAGUGAAGGCGAGUGCAUUCUACCUGUUCAGUUCGCUUCCGGCGCACAAUGUGGCCCAAACGGGGGGCAAGUAUCCUUUCUACGGGCUCGCUCCUGCAGGACUUGGACGUGGUGGCAUUGUGGAGCAGGAAUACCAAGGCCAUAGCUUCUGGGACACGGAAAUCUGGAUGUAUCCGGGCAUUCUGCUGAUGGAUCCGGCCAAUGCCGCUAAUAUCCUGCACCAUCGCAACACCGUCAGUGUUGGUGCGCGUAUGAACGCUCUCAUGAACGGAUACCGUGGGAUGCAGUUUCCCUGGGAGUCGGCGUUUACCGGUACCGAGGUAACACCGGACUGUUGCCCGGAGGUGGUCAACUUCCAGCAUCACAUUACGGCCGAUAUUGCGUUUGCGGCCAGGCAGUACUAUUACGCCACUGGUGACAUGGAAUGGUUUAGGUUGGAAGCGUGCAGACUCGCUACGGAAACGGCGCUGUUCUGGCUCGAUCGAGCUGUGUACAAUAACGCCACCGAUAUGUACGACAUCCUGAACGCUAUGGGUCCGGACGAGGAUCACCCGGACGUGUCGAAUAAUGCGUUCACGAACAUAAUGGCUGCACAUAACCUGUUCUUCGGUGAGUUUGCCGCGUGCUCUUGCCAGGAUAACUCGAUCGACGAAGCCACGCGUAAGGAGAUGCUACAGGUUGCGAGAAGUCUAACGCUGCUGUACGACAGUGAGGACGAUUUCCAUCCGCAGUUCGAUGGCUACCAGAAGGGCACGCCGAUCAAGCAAGCCGACACCGUGCUCUUGAUUUACCCGUUGCAGUAUCCGAUGAACAUGACGACGAAGGUGAACAAUCUGCGCAUUUACUCCGAGGUAACGCGUGAAAACGGCCCGGCAAUGACUUGGGCCAUCCACACGAUCGGCCACUUGGAGCUUAAUCAGCUAUCAGAGGCAGCCGCCAUGUUUGAUAAGAGUUACAGGCAGUAUCUGCGUGAACCGUUCCAUGUGUGGAGUGAAAAUGGCAACAAUGAGCCAGGGGCUGGUAACUUUAUCACCGGCGCUGGGGGGUUCCUACAGUCCAUUAUCAAUGGGUACGCGGGUGUGCGGCUGCAUCAGGAUCGUCUGGACAUUCGGAACGCUCGUCCAACACCGAACACCAGCGUGCUGCACAUCCCGACCAUCGAAUAUCGUGGUUUGCAGCUCUCGCUGGCUGUGAGAGCGAAUGCAUUUACCAUUACGAUACAAACGGUUGCCGAGGGUUUGAAGCUGCUGGUCGACGAGAAGGAAGAGAACAUUUGCGCCAAUUGUCAAUAUAAUGGUACCUCCGCUUCCAUCCAAGUGACAACGGAUCAAACGUUCAACGGGUGUAGGCUGAGACCGACUACUCUCGGCGUAAAGGUUGCUGAUCAAACAGGCGCAGCGUCAGUGAUGCAAUCCUCGAUGAUGGCAUUCUUGUCUCUGGUCGUGUGCUUCCUGUUACGCCAGAUGUUCUGAACGUAGAUGUUGAAUAGAUUAUUGAUACGCUAUUGAUAGGUUUUCGUGUUAUAAGUUUCAG